AUGGCGACAUCCAACCUUCCACCACAAACCCUGAGCGUCGGGACUUAUACAUUCACAAUCUCUGAAGGCGGGGAGAGUGACAUCCCCGAAUUCUGUGAUGUCUUCGACAUUGCCUUUGCUAGUAACCUUCUCUUCAACACCAUGAGCGGGACCAAGGAGGCUGCAGCGGAGGAAGCUAAGAAAGCGCCAAAGCCAGAACCGAUUCUAGGGACUAAUAGUAAGGCACAGGAGGCGUUUAAGACGCAGCUGUUCGAGAUGCGGGACAAGUGGUUGAAAAAGGAUGAUAUGUAUUUGAUGAAUAUUCUCGCUGUCCUUCCCACGUACCAGCGUCUCGGUCUCAGCGCGGCGCUACUAGCGCCAGUGCUAAAGCUUGCCGAUAGAGAGGGAAAGAAGACGUAUAUUGAGGCUUCGGAGGCGGGCGAGAAGCUAUAUCGACGACUUGGCUGGGUGGAGACAGGGGAUACGAUUAGUCUUAAUUUUACAGAGUUUAGAGCUGAGGGGAAGGUCGAUAUUCCGCUUAUGAUGAGGGAACCGGGAGCGGCGAAUACGCUGUGA